UCUGUGAUGAAUGCUUUUAUGAACUGCUACUCUUGCUACUUAAAAAGUGUAUCUUGGCGAACAGAAAAGUUGAAACCAGUUGUUGUUUGCAUGCAGAAGUUGGUGUGAUGGCUCCGUCUUUGCUGCCUGGACGCCAGUCUGUCUCUGCAGAGGACAAAGUGUCAGAGCUCAGUGAGGAGGACGUGUCUGUGUCCUACAUGGGGGAUGAGCUUGACCUGAAGACGGUGGGGGACAUAAUCGCCAUAAUUGAGGACAAGGCAGAGGAGGCUGCAGAGGCUUUGGAUGCAGCUGCAGUCGAGGCUGCGCUGUCACUGUGUGAGGAAAACGGCCAUGCUUUGUCUGGUAGCUGGGAAGCUGGGCCUCUCCAGCCCCAUGAGUCCCAGCCCGCAGUGCCCACAGGGGUCCCACAGCCCUCGUCUCUUCACAGUAGCCUGGAGGGGAAGAAAGAAGCGUUAGAAGCCCAGUGUGGGACUUCAGCUUCACUCUCCUCUCUGUGCAACAGUCAAGAUAACUGUCUCCCAGCAUUCCCCAUGGGACGAAGGGGCCCUCCUCCCACCUCCUCCUCCUACACAGGGGCACCUCCACAGCCUGUGGCAAUGAGAAAGACUGGAGAGUUGGUGCACCAGAAAAGACAUAUUUCAUUGGAUGUUACUUUAAAAUGUGAGAGUGAGAAGCACAGACCUGAAAAACCCAAUGGAGAUUCAGUAUUAGAAGAUAGACCUCUGAGAGAAAGGCAUCGCAAGGAGAUGAAAGCGGAGGAUGGAAUAAGUGUUCUGGGUGGAGAGAGGGCCUCAGAGACUAAACUUUACAAUGAGCUUGAUGAGCCAGAAGCAGGUGGAGGAGAAGAGAGCGAUGGCGUGGAGGGAUUCUUCUCAGAGCCAGACGGCGAGAUGGAGCUGGAACCUGCGGCCAGCGAGAGUGAGGACGGGUACAGCCAGCACACGGCCUCCUCCUCUCUGCAGCUCCACACCACGGCAGACUCCAUCCCCAGCAGCCCUGCCUCCUCGCUGUUGUGAGUGAAACACAUGCAGGCACGACU